GCAGUGCAGUGCAGCGCAGGAAGCACACAGCGGGCGCAGCAUGCCCGCAGCCCAUCACAGUGCGCGGCGGAAGCGCCUUGAUCCCGGCGGCCCCGUUAAGGCGGACGGGGCGGGGCGGAGCUCCGGCCGCGCGGCUCCCGGUGCCGCGGUCGGCAGCGGACGGCGGGGUGUCCGGCCAAUGGCCCGGCCCCUGGCGCCCCCCGAGGCCCCGCGCUGCUUCGCGGCGCUGAGCACGGUGCAGCUGCGGGCGUUGCUGCAGGACGAGCCCCGGCUGCAGCGCGCCGCCCGCCUCAGCAGGAAGUUUCAGAGUCUGCAGCUGGAGCGGGAGAUGUGUUUGGCAUCAAACAGUACCCUGGCCAGGGAGAACCUGUCCCUGCGCCCACGGCUGGAGGAUGGGAAGGCUUCCUUAGCCAUCAAGUACCAGGAGCUACGGGAGAUACAAGAAACAUGCUGGGACAAGCAGCAGCGCCUAGAGACGUACCUGGAGAAGUGGAGCCCACAGAGUGCCCUUGGCCAGCUCCAAGCCAAGCUGGAUGCCUCCGAGGCAGAGUCAGAGGCACAGAUGGAGCAGUUCCUGGCCCAAGACCUGCCCCUUGAUGCCUUUCUGGAAUCCUUUUGCCAGAGUCGCACACGCUCUCACAUCUGCCGGGUGCAGCUGGAGAAACUGCAGGAGCUGCUGCAGAAAGGCAGGGCAGACAGGGACCCUGCAGGCCCUGUGGGGUGCCCAGGUGUCCAAGUCAGCCCAGCGCCAGUCCGCCUUGCUCCUCUGUCGAGCAGAGCAACCCCCAAAGACCCCCAUCUCUGCUAUCACCUUGUGCCUGCCUGUCUUAUCUCCUCAGAGGCUGUUGCGCCCUUUGCCAUGCCAGCUAUACCUCUGAAAUGCCAUCUCCCAGCCCUGGGAAAGCAGCCAUCAGUCCCCUGCCCUGACACCCCUAUGGACUUGCCCUUGCGCCUUGUCCGACAUGUCCCCCUGCUCAGCCCCCGUCCUUUCUGCGUGCAGCAGCUGCCACACCACCAGAAGCAGGAGCCACCACACCGAUAACAGAACAGGGACAGGACUGUGCCCUGUGGGCUGCAUGGUCUUGGCCAGGGAGCACGCAGGGGUUUCCACAAGGCCCUGAGGGGCUGUGGUGGCUGUUGAGCACGUACAGGGGGUGGGUACUUCUGGAGAAGGAGCUGCUUGGCUGAGGAUGCGGUGGGGUAGUAAGUGUGGCCAGGCAGUAGAUGCUACACUUAGUGAGCUGUUGGGAGGGAAGAUAUUUCUGUGUCCACAGCAAGAGGAACAGUGAUGGGAGAUGGGGGUGGGGGUCAGUAGAACCCAGGUGGGUUGGAGGAGUCAGGGAAGAGGGCUCAGGAGCUCUGGGUGCCACAUGCUUUCUAAAUAAAGACUUUUUUCCAUGCUC